UUGGGACUUUUCUUUUGGGUGACAACAGGAAUCGAAUUCAAAUCACGUCCCGGCAAGGACGAUGGAUUCCUACCUAUAUUAAUGUUUUAAUUUAAAGUACACUGACGCCAGAAAGGCAGGGUCAGUAGAUUGAUGGUCAGUGCGAAUCGUGUCGCCAACUGCGUUAUGGGGAAGUAUUCCGGGAAUGGCACGUGAGUCAUAUUUUUUGUGGGGGAGGAUUGGGCGCGGAAAAUUGGGAGCAGAGGAGUCGGCGAAAGGAUAUGGGUAUACAUUACAGUCUAAAGGGUCAUCGGUGGUUUCAGCUGUUGUCAGUUGUCGUUGAACCGUUGAUUGGAUAACACGCAUCGGGAAAAGCCCUCCGGAAAGGACAAAGCCUCAAAGUGGUAUAGUGGCUCUGUUGCUAGAUGCUUUGACAUCAUGUGUAUAUAGUGAAUCAUAACAUUUAGAUGUGAACCGGAUGUAUGUGAGAACUGCCAAGUAAGAGAAAGUGGAGGGGAAUCGGAAUCUAUUGCAUUUGUGAUGAACUCCUGUUGGUGUUAAAUCGUGAGAUUAACGUUGGCAUGCAGUUGAGAGUUAUCGUCCCUUGAGAAGACAAAGAGGCAUUUGUAGUCUACGCACUAGUCAUCUAGUACUGUGUGAUACGCAUAAGUCAAUAAAAGCUAUGACAUUAGUGAUUGACUUGGCUUGUGGAGCUAUCAAUAAUGCGGACGAGGAAUCGUUAUGUCAUCGUUUAAAGUUUCAUUGCUAGCUUAUUUGUUCGGAUCAUUCGAGCUGGCGGCGUUGAGUUUCCAGUGAUAUUCAGCCAGCAUUUUUCGCUUUUUUAGUGAAAAGCUUUUCCUUUGUGAUAAAAGUUGCACAGCUCGUGUUGAAAAGUUUUGAUAGCUUUUUGUAUGCAGAAUUUCCAUGUAGAAUUUCAUUCAAUUUUAUUUUUCUUGUUUCUCGUCGGUAAUUUUCUGAUUGCCCCCGGCAUCUACAGCUGACUAAGAAAAAAAUGAUGGUCCAUUGCAAGUGGUAGAAGUUAUUCAGUGAAAUCGUCGUAGCAUAUGGCGUUGAUGGUGUAUAGCGAUACAAAAUUUCAACAGCGGGUAAUAUCGACAACUGUUUGGGAUAGCUAUGGGUAUAAGUAAGCAGCGAUAGCUAGUGGCUCUGUGAAUAAAGUGUGCGAUAAAAUUCAACUGCUAAACCAAUGAAAUUGUGAUUAAUUCAAAUCUGUGAAAUCCUAUAAAGUGCUAUCCUCUUCGUGCAUCAUCUGAAAAGGUUUAAAAUAAUAAUUUUCAGACAGCUCUAGCUCUAACGCUCGAUUGGAUUAGGAUUUUCCAUUUCAACUCACAACAGAUACGUUUUGCCUUCUUUGUUGGACUAGCAGAAUUACAAACGAUCAAGAUGACUCCGCAGCUUCAGCUUAACUUGUUCUUGUACGUCGCCUUCUUACUCCUAAGUACAUCACUUGGAGAGAACACAACAACGAUAACCACCUCUACCGUGCAAAGUUCGCCUGAGACCACACAAUCAACUACGGCACAGCAACUACAGUCAACGACACGCCAGAUGCGACUAGAAUCGACAUCGACACAACCCACAGUCAGCUUUAUAACAAACACGACAGCCUCAUCAACCGGAGAAACUUCAACAUCCACCACAGUGACAGUUUCGACACCGUCGACAAUGACAACAUUACCGCCAUCGUACAUAUCAAACUAUUCAACGAUACCACAAAUGCCAUCAAUGUCCCCAUCUUCUAUGACAACCAAACAGGAUUUGCUCGAUCCAAUUCCUGUUGAACCCAUCGAAAUUGGCCCUGGAGGCCCUGAUCAAAGGGAAAGUCUUGCAAUUCAGAAAGCAAUUGAUUGGCUUCGAGAGAAGCGUCUUCCCGAUUACAGUUGGGGUAACGAUACGCACAUGGUUAUAUUGGCUAAAGAAUUAUCGGGACCUCGCGAUCCUUCGGACAAUGAUAACCAUCUUCAGGAAAUAUCCGACUUGGAGAAUAUGUUGUCCGUGAAGCAAAUGGAAAUCGAAUUGUUGACCAUGGUAGAUCGACAUCAUGCAAUGCCAAAGCCCAUCAACACCGAUCGAAUUGCCAAAUACAUCCUGGCAAUGGGGGCACUCUGUAAGGAUGCACGACAUUUCUUUGGCCAUGACUUAGUGGCUAUCUUAGAGCACCACGAACAUGAGGAAGGUCAAGAGUAUGAGUUUGCUCUAACAGCAUUGGCUGUGUGCAGUUCAGCUACACAUGUGCGUAAACGACAGAUAAGGCGAUUGCUUGAUAUUGCCAGCGGCGAGGUUAAUGAUGUUGAUACUAUUGCCAUGGUACUACUGGCUCUGCGGUGCAUCGUGACGGACCAUCGCCAUCGACAUUUGCAGCAUUUUAUCAGAAGACCAGCACGAGGUCUUGCUAGCCUACAAGGCCCACAGGGCAGUUUUGGUUCACUGAGAAGUACUGCGCUCGCCAUGCAAGCCCUGCAAGAUUUAGAACCGGAUCCAGCAGGAAAGUGGAACCGGUCAGCAGCAUCGGAAUGGAUGCUGUCGAAACAACGGUUGGAUGGUGGUUGGACGGAAGAACCACUACAAGAUGGCCAGGAUGCAACCAUCGGAGUCGGACUGACUGCUGAUAUAACGCUCGCCCUUGGUUGGAAAGGCUUAGGGGCUGUCCGUGCCUUGCAGUGUGACCACGUGAUACGAGAUAACUCGAACGAUAACUAUUAUGAAAAUGGAGACCAGAAACUAGCCGCUCCGGUUGGGUUAACGUCGUCGGUGGAAGAAGCAGAACCCAAGAAUGUUUCCUACACGUACACACUCUGGGUGGAUACCAAUGUAACCCAAGAGUAUUCCCUAGACCUCACUUCUCCCAAAAACACCACCUUUUUUCAAGCCAUGAAGCAGGCAAAAGAAAUAGAUCCAAAGUUCGAAUUCGAAGCUCGAGAGUGGCCCAACGGACAUUACGUUCACACGCUCGCUGAAAUGAAGGAAGAGCCGAAAAGCUACCACUACUGGCUGCUGUACCGAUUACCGGAGAAACCGGACACGAAGAAUCCUCCUGGUAAUCAGUUAAUCGCACCUUUAGGCGUUGAUGAACUUCUGGUGGAGGAUGGUGAACAUUAUCUCUACUGGUAUAAAAAACUUUAAAACGCUUUUCCGAAGCUCACCUCAGUAGGAUCGCCCUGGUGCACGCCGUAGCACGCGAAGGAAUGUGUUUAUUACGAAGCAGAAAAAAUGGACUCAAUCUGAGACAAACACGUGGAAGCAAGUGAAAUUAUAUCAGUGGACGGCGGCAAAGAUGGAGACGCAUUGUAAUUGAGAGCUGAGAACCGGCUGGCCAAUAUACAAAAAAGGUGAGACAAACAAUGGUGUUAGGGAACAUAGAGCCGAGAUGAGCACGAGCGAUAAAGGAGUGAAUAAAAAACGGAAGGAAAAUCAUCAUUAACAGAAGUGUCUGGUAGAAAUUUAUAAGAAACACCUGCUUCCUAUCUUUACAUAAAGGGAAACAACUUUAUAUAAUCAAACGAUACUGUUUGGGUAAGAGUUGAGCCAGCUCUUUAGCUCCUUAGCCUGCUGCAGCAACUACAAUGCAUGAAAUACCUAGGUGUACAUGUAAAAUAGGUAGACAUAUUCGACCAUACCUUUAAAACCACCAUAUUUUAGUUUUAGGCUAUAUUUCAAAAUAAAUUUACAGUUUAACAGUUUCAAGAGAAAACAUUGAGAGCUUACCCGUUCCGAGUGUGCUAACAAAACAUUUGUUCUCUUGUGUUGUAGCCUGUUUGAUAUAUGUUACGCUAGAAGAUAGAACUGUGUAGAUGAGAUCUAAGUAUUCAAGUAAUGUUGCUCAAAGUUUAAUUUUAAGAAAUCUAUUUGCACUUAAUAUGUUAAACCAAUUAUAAAAUAUCCUGCAAAUAUUAACAGCCUAAGCCAACCAGCAAAAUAAACAGAAUCGUGAAAACGUACAUGAUCCGAACACAGUUUCAUAAUAUUCUAAAAUGUAUCUGUUUAAGAUAUGGCCAACUGACGGAUUGCGCUGAAAAGUUGAUCGUUAAGCCAUCAGCGGGUGACUAAUCGAUAAACUUUUCAGUGCAGUGCGAUAUUUGGUUGUUCAGAUUUGUGCUUCUAAUAAUUUAAGUUGUGACUGCGUUCCGUUCACCUUAACAUUUAAUAGUAUCACCCAUAGACGAAAUUUUACCCCCUGAAUUUGGCGUUUUAUAUUUUGGGAGAUUCAGUAAAUAUUUGAGCGAAAUUUAUUGAUGAGCAUUUUUCGUUAACUAAGGUUAACCAAGCUAACUACUUGCUGAAAGCUUUAAAAAAUGUUUUGUUAGUAGUUUUACCUCAUUUAAACGUGAAGAAGUGUUAAGUUUCGAGAAUCCCAUUCCUUCACGAUUCCAUUUAAAUUUAUACUGUAACACAAACACUCAGGGGGUAAUAUUUGAAUUUUCAACAUUUUUUUACUGCUCAUUUAUGUACUCGCCUGCCUUCUUCAACUUGAAAUUUGAUUUAUGUACGAUACAUGUAUAAUUAGCUGGUUGAGUAUCAAAGCAUCAAACGGUAUUAAUUAUUAUUCAAAACAUGACGCUGACCAAUUCCAUCAUUAAUGAAUAUGCCGUAUAAAGCUGACGUACGAAAAAAUAAUAUGCAAAUAGAGUCAUAAUGUGAUCAAAGGACAUUUAUUUUGAAGCAUCAAUAUGGACAAUAAUUUAUGCAGUGUAUCAAAGAACUCCAACACUCACAUCAACAAGUACGCCAGCAGGAUAAUGAAAAGUAAUAAAAAGGGGGAUGCAUUGCAGCACCCCAGACACAAUCGUACUGAAAAGUUAUCCACAACUAAACUGAAUACUAUAUUAGCCUAGCCACCCUGGUCGGGGUGAUGAUAUGCAUUGCGUCAUAUGGUGGGAAUUGCUAUCGAACAUUCCAAUUGUGUGUAUUUUCCAUUUCUAAAGUCAUUAUUAAUUUUGAACUUGUUUAUUGCUCUUUGCUUUACAAUACUAUAUCCAAGCUGAAAACACUUCACAAAACAUUGCUCAGUACAUUGAGGUAAAUUCAAAAUCGCAUUUUUUUUUCUAAUUUGAACGGAUUAUACGACAGGAAAUUAAAACAAUCGAUCACAUUUCCUCUGCAACAUGAGCGACCAGUUGUAUCUUGAUUACUAAAUAAAAUGGACUGUGCCCUAUUUUAUACGUUGCAUUUAUUGAACAGUAUGUCGCUAAUGUAGAAAGAUUUAUUUAAACUUUAAACUUAUAUAGCUACGAACACAAAAUAUAUUUCCACCACCUAUUAAGCUAUUAAAGAAAAAUAAGUUUAAAAAACUGGAAUUUCACGUGGAUCAAAGUAAUAAAAGCAAAUAACAAAACUUUCUUUUUAUAAACUAUUAGUUGUUCACAUAAAAGUCAACUGUGACAGAGUAGUAACGGUACCACACAAAUAUUUAUCAGAUGAAUUGAUUUAUUAAUAUGACAAUUAUAUACAAAAUAUAGCUUAGAAUAUUACAAUAAAACAAAUGAAAUUAGACAACAA